AUGAAAAGGAAAGCCACUAUGAAAAGAAAUGCCAUCUUUAAUGAAAAUAUCCGAACCAUAACAGUGAAAAAUUAAGAGGAGUAUAUGAAUAAGUUAAAGAUGCAAGCAAUCCGUUUGCAGAUUGAGAAGAUUGUGCAUCUUGACCCUUUAUUAAAAUCUCUUCUUAACUCUAAACCGAAUCGCAAACAUUAUGCUCGUCCAUUGUAUAAAGCUUAAAGCAAUCGAUCUUUCAUUGAAUCAAAGAAGCAAGAAGCUGAAACUCAACAAAGAGCUAAAAGUUCUGAGGGUUCUCAAUUUGGGGACAUGGGUAUCAAAUAUAAGCGUCUUAUUUCAAGAGGGAUGUUCUAAAUAAAGAUGCAUGUAAAUAAAAUAAGGAGGAGAUUUAGAAGAUGUGUGACAGCUGUUUGUCUGUUGCUUACAUAUUUUAGAUAUUAUCCAAUUUUAAGGAAGUGUAAACGAUUUUCAAGACCACGCAUUUCAAUAUUGCGCUCAAAACCUAUUUUGGAAAAGCUGCCGAUUUUACCGUAGAUGGAUAAAACAAACACCAUCGAUGACAGUGUGGCAUCCAAGGAACAGGUAAACUAUUUUAAAAAGAAAAACUCUUCAUAAGGAAACUAUGAUAUCUUUAUCAAAAGACCAAUACAAUAAUUUAUAAUGAGAUCUAACACUUAAACAUAUUCCUAGAAACGCAUAUGCAAAACUGAACAUUCAUAAAUUAAAAGCAUGGGCAAUAUUAAUAAAAAAUAACUACACGAUAAAUUGCUUAUAAAGUCAUCCUCAAUUAAAUACUUUCUAUGA